UGCCAGUGGAUACAACAGGGGGAGCUUCAAAGAGCUUGUUUACAGAGCCGCGAGAGAUUCUGCUCAGAGGGGUUUGCCCGUGAAGGACUGAGUGAAAGCCUCACAGAUGGGAUAACGGAAUUCCACAGAAACAAGUGCAUACACGUUCUUCAUGGCUGACACAGCAUAACAAACUAGCUUACUUGUAAUGUUUUAACACACGCUACGAGAGACACCACUUGUUUCUUUUUAUUUUUGAGAUUGGUCGCUGUUCAUUCUGGUGGUGCAAGCCGAGAACGCGGGAUAUCUUUAUCCAACCCUAUCGUGUUUGCUUGGACCAAAGGUGCCGGACAAAAUGGAUAACGAAAAGUACCUCCCAGAGCUCUUGGCAGAGAAGGACUCUCUCGACCCGUCAUUUCAACAUGCAUUACGGCUUCUUGAUCAAGAAAUCGACAAAGCUCAAAAAGACGAUGGAAAAGAGGACGAGAAGUUUAUCGAUGUUGUCAUCAACAAGAACAUGAAGCUCGGACAGAAAAUCUUGAUACCUGUCAAACAAUUCCCCAAAUUCAACUUUGUGGGCAAACUGCUGGGCCCGCGCGGGAACUCGUUAAAGCGGCUACAAGAAGACACACUCACAAAGAUGUCAAUUCUCGGCAAAGGAUCCAUGAGAGACAAAGAGAAGGAAGAGGAGCUACGGAAGAGCGGCGAAUCCAAAUACCAACACCUGAACGAGGACCUGCACGUGCUGAUCGAGGUGUUUGCGCCGCCGGCCGAAGCCUACGCCAGGAUGGGCCAUGCGCUGGAGGAGAUCAAGAAGUUCCUCAUCCCUGAUUACAAUGAUGAGAUCAGACAGGCCCAGCUGCAGGAGCUCACGUACCUCAAUGGUGCUUCAGAGGAUGCCAAGGUGCCCGCGGUGAGAGGUAAACCGUCAGCACGAGCACGAGGGACACCUGCUCCUGGACCUCCCAGGAGUCGGGGAGGAGUGCCCCCACCACAGGCUGCAGUGCCCCGUGGCGUUGCGCCCAGAGGCGCCCAUCCGAGCCGAGUGCCAUCCAGCAGAGCGAGAGGGGGGCCCGCACCGCGGGCACGAGGAGCACCCCCGCCCGCCGGCUACAGACCCCCGCCGCCCAUCGUGCAGGACUCGUACGGGGAGUAUGAGUAUGACGAUGGGUAUGGAACAGCUUAUGACGAACAAGGAUACGACACCUAUGACAACAACUACAGCAAUCAAGGUCAAAACUCAGACGACUAUUACGAAUACGGACACGGCAUCAGCGGGGAGUCGUAUGAGUCAUACGGCCAGGAAGAGUGGACAACCACCCGCACCAAGGCCCCCCCAGCACGAACCACCAAAGGCGUGUACAGGGAACAACCCUACACCAGAUACUGAACUGUUCCCCCACAACCCUCCCCUUCCAACCUGCAGAGACAACAUCACGGGUCACCCCCCCCCCCAAGUAAUGGAUUUUCUAUGGACUAUCCCACUCCUUUUUAGAAUAAAAUGAAAAAAAGAAACAAAAACGAAAAAAAGAAAUACAAAUGAAAACACAUCCAACCUGGAGAUGAGGAGAGGAGGUCACAGCAACCGCUGAUUGUAAACUGAGUUGACCGUGACAGGCUGUGGAGGAUGGUGAAAAUAAUGACCAUUACUUAUUCCCGAGAAGGACUAAAGAGGACCGCUGUACGAUUAGAUGAGUAAGCAAGUAAACUCUUGAUUCUUUACAGUAAAUAAUUGCAGUUAUUGGGUAAUUGGGCAAGGUAUAGAGGGGGGGGGGGGGGGUUACAUUAUUUUAAGGUGUUACUUAUUUAGCCUAGCAAGAAGAGAUCAUAUGUACAGUAGAUGAUGUUUUUUUUCCCCUUGCUAUUGGGUGAUUGGUUUUCAGUGUGUCUCUUGCAAAUUCUACUUUAAUGAGAUAUCUAGAGGAGCGAGAGUCGAAGGUGAAAUCAUAUGAUGCACAUAUUGUUGUACUCCUUUCCUUUUUUGUAAUUGAAAGUACUUCAGAAUUAAGGGGCUUAUAGAAGCAUGUUGUGAAAUGUCAUUGUGCUGAAUUGUUUUUAUUUUUUGAUUAAUCCAAGAAAAAAAAAUAAGAAAAAAAUUCCUUACAUGGUGUAAAUGUUUUUGAUGUUGUGUUCACCAUUCGGAUUCACCAUUAAUCAUCCGUAUAGUAGGAUCUUUUUUUUUCUUUUGCUCCCAGAAGGUAAUUCAUCUACAGGGGCGCUUUCAGUAAAUUUUUGUUUCCUUAUCCUGACAGAUUCUGUUCUAUCAGGGAUAGAGUAGAAUUGCUGACUCAUAAAAGCAAGCUGAACCACACUCUGAUAAUAAUCCAUUUCCCAUAUAAAAUGUUGAAAAAGACAAAAAAUAUCAGUGAAAUAUCAGGUAAGGCUUUUAGUCUUGAGAUAUAAGUAGGAGUAUUAUCAUUGUGCGCUUGUGUAAGCCCUUUAAUCCUUACUAUUUGGUUGAUGCUAUAAUAAAAAAAAAUUGAAAGAAUAUCCAUGUGUUUGAGAGGAACCUCUGUUUUUAAUGAUCAUUUUUAGGAAAAGCACAAUAAUUUAAACUAAUAUAACACAUCUCUAACUACCUUUUAAACAAUUGGUUCAGAAUCUUGUUCUAGUACAUGCAUUUACACGGUAGGCUUUUAAACACAAUGUAA